AUGGCUGGCAUCUUUGAGGCUCCGCGGAAUGCGGACACCCUUUUCUUGGGUGGGCAGAAAAUCACUGGUGCGGAUGUCCGAGAGCAAAAUGUUUUGGCGACGCAGGCGAUUGCAAAUGUCAUCAAAAGCUCCUUCGGACCCUCGGGGCUGGACAAGAUGAUGGUGGAUGACAUAGGGGAUGUGACGGUUACGAACGAUGGCGCGACCAUUCUGUCUCUGCUGGACAUCGAGCACCCUGCGGGCAAGAUCCUCGUCGACUUGGCUCAGCAGCAGGAUAAGGAGGUCGGAGAUGGCACGACUUCCGUUGUCCUUAUCGCUGCGGAGCUACUGCGACGGGCGAACGAGCUAAUGAAAAACCGGAUACACCCUACCACGAUCAUCACCGGGUACCGACUGGCCCUGCGUGAGGCCGUCAAAUAUAUGAACGAAAAUGUGACUACGAAGGUGGAGAACCUGGGGAAGGACAGCUUGGUUAACAUCGCGAAAACCUCCAUGUCGAGCAAGAUUAUUGGGGCCGAUUCCGAGUUCUUUGCGAAGCUGUGCGUGGAUGCGAUGCUGCUGGUGAAGUCGACAAAUCAGAGGAACGAGGUCAAAUACCCAGUCAAGGCCGUCAAUCUCCUGAAGGCCCAUGGAAAGAGUGGUACCGAGUCCGUGCUCGUCAACGGCUACGCUCUGAACUGCACCGUUGCCUCCCAGGCCAUGAAGACUCGUGUGACUGAUGCCAAGAUCGCCUGUCUGGACAUGAACCUGCAGAAGGAGCGGAUGAAGCUUGGUGUCCAGAUCACGGUGGACGAUCCCGACCAGCUCGAGAAGAUCCGUGAGCGGGAGUCGGGCAUUGUCUUGGAGCGGGUUGAGAUGAUCCUAAAAUCCGGUGCCAAUGUCGUCCUGACGACCAAGGGCAUUGACGACAUGGUCCUCAAGCUGUUUGUUGAGAGGGGAGCAAUGGCGGUUCGUCGUUGCAAGAAGGAAGACCUGCGACGUAUCGCCAAGGCCACCGGUGCCACCCUUGUCAGUACCCUGUCGGACCUUAAUGGCGACGAGAAGUUCGAAGCAUCAAACCUGGGCCAGGCAGAGGAAGUUGUGCAAGAACGGAUCUCAGAUGACGAGUGCAUCCUUGUCAAGGGAACCAAGGUUCACACCUCGGCCUCGAUCAUUCUACGCGGCCCCAACGAAUUCAGUUUGGAUGAGAUGGAGCGCUCUGUUCACGACUCGCUUUGCGCAGUCAAGCGCACUCUCGAGAGCGGCAGCAUCGUUCCUGGUGGUGGAGCCGUUGAAACUGCCCUUCACAUUUACUUGGAGGAGUUUGCAGUCACGGUGGGCUCCCGGGAGCAACUUGCUAUUGGUGAAUUCGCACAGUCUCUGCUCGUCAUUCCUAAGACGCUGGCGGUUAACGCAGCCAAGGAUUCAUCCGAGCUCGUUGCGCAGCUCCGUGUUCGCCACGCCCUGUCCCAGCGGGUUCAGGAAGGCGAUGCCAAUGAGGAAGAAAAGGCCAUCGCCAAGAAGAAGACGUAUGGCAACUACGGUCUGGACCUGAUGAAGGGACGAGUGCACGACACCUUGAAGGCCGGUGUUCUGGAGCCCAGCAUGAGCAAGAUCAAGCAGCUCAAGAGUUCGGUCGAGGCUUGCAUAGCUAUCAUGCGCAUCGACACGAUGAUCAAGCUGGACCCCGAGAGACAGGAGGAUGACGGCCACGGCCACUAG